AUGUGUUUCACCAAGGAGAUCACAGCGGGCAUGAUGCUGCUAAAUCUGGGCACAGGGCUGCUGCUGACAAAGCGGGGGCACCACAUUUCGCGCACCCAGAUCUUCUACACUUUCUUUGCGAUGGAGGUGUUACAGUUCAUCCAGCACUUUGUGGCGGGUGACUGCGACAACUGGAUCAACCAGCUCACGACAGUGGUGGGUGGGGGCGGGCGCUGA